AUGGUUGACGACAUCGGACAGCUCUUGUACUUUCCAUCCCCGCUGGGAACUUCGGCCGUCGACGCUGCAUUUGUACCACUGCCAGACAGUCCGAACGACUCACUUGCAGAGUUGGCGCCUAUGCAGACAGCUCCACCUAAAAGUUUCGCGGCUUCCAGCGAUGCGCUUCUAUCGACGCCACAAAAGGAAGUGAAGAAUGACAGUAUCAUUGGCAUGGUCUCGACAACACCUGUCAUGAAUGCUACAAUGAAGACGCCAGCUCGGAAGACUCACACGGUGCCGGAGGACAAGCCAAUGUCGCCAGAGAAGGCUGCUCUGGCCGCCAUGUUCGACUCGAUCAAGAUGCCACCUCCGGUCUCACCAUCCAAAUCACCACGAAAAGCUUCUGGCAGCAGCAUCUUAACUUCUCCACCCAAGCAAGCCGCUGGAGAAGCCGCACCAACUGCCUUCUUGCUCUUUCGCCAAAGCAGCUCCCCUUCCACCUCACCCUCCAAAGUUGACUCUACCGACUCGGCCGCUUCUAAACAUUUUAGUAAAGAUUCGCCACUACGUCAACCAGUAGUGAUCAGCUCUUUCUCCUCACCGGGAACAAGACUGCACACAAUGAGCGGAGAAACGAAGAACGCUUCAACUCCGCUCUCACCUGCACCAACGACGUCUUCGACAACAAGCCGACCACCUCGCAUGCGGCCAUCAAUGAUGGCUUCCUCCUCCAGCCCAAGUGCUAGGCUCUCAGACCUCAGCAUGAAUCUGGACACCACCGGAACACAGGAGCUGCUAUUCAAUCAAGACACAAGCUUUCUAGCUGCUGCGGCUAAUACCGCUGCAGAUAUCACGAUUGACGACAGCUUUGACGUUUCUCGUGCUAGAGCCCGUAUCCAAUCUGCCUCCGCUACUGCAGCAUCUUUGUCUUCUGCUGUGACCCACCGCAGCUCACCUGCUAAGCUGGGCGGGUUCAGAGCAAAACCAAGAUGCAGUGUGGUGCCCGAGGAAAGUGGUGUGACGGACUUCAAGCCUCGCAGCUUGGGUAAAGUGAACGGCAACGCGCUUGGGCUUAGAGGGCUCGGCAUCGGAAGAGUUGUCAAGAAUGCGGCGGGAGAUGACACAAUUGAGCUCAACCUGACUGGCAGCUUCAUUGGCAAUUCUAGCAUGAUUGCAGGCAAUCUAAUGGACGAGAGCGGAGAGGCGUCUUUGCUGUUUGGAAACAACUCGUUUUCGAUUUCGCAUUCAGGUCUACAGAAAAAGGAGGUCGACAAGAUGCACGAGGUGGUGGAGAAGACUAAUGCCGGUAGAAGGAACAAAAGUGACGAUGAUGAUGACGAUGACGAGGAUGAAGAUUUCCAAAGAAAUGCGCAGAAUGUACAAAAGUGGGCCGCUGAAGCUGCGAGAACGGCGCAGCUGCAGAGGCGGGCGAUGGCAAAGACGCCGGUCAGAACUGUUGGCCUGGCAAGAGCUUCCGUGACAUCUACUGUCAAACGCCCAACCGCUGCCACCUCGACAGUGACCAGACCUGUAUCGCGGAUGGUACCUCGUCCUUCUCUGGUGACGCCUACUGCUGGAUCAAGGCUACUCAAGCCCCGUGCUUCCGUUGUGCCUGCGGCAAGCAAGCCCAUCGUAGACCGUGCUGCUGGACUGACACGUUCAGGAAGCGCGUCAGCUGGCCUGUCCUCCCUCUCGUCACCAGCACACAGUGCAGCCACCUCCUCAUCCGAUGCUAUCACGCAAACAUCUGGUGACGAAGCCGCCAGUGAGAUCAAGACUCCAAUGCGCAGCCGACGCAAGAGCACAUUCACCAGCUCGCGACCUCCUGUCUCUGGUCCAGCACGUCGGAGGGAGUCUCUUGUUGCCGCUACAGCUGCCACUCUGCAAGCGCACCCUGUUCCACCUCUUCCUUCCCUGGGACCGACUACACCCGGUCGUAGCGGAACUGCACCCGCUGCUACUGCACCUGUUGGCACCUCCCCGAGUAUGAAGACGCCUACUGCAGCCGCGAGAACCAUCCCGAAACCACGAUCAUCCUUGACGGGCAGGACAACCAGCGUACUUCCAACGCCUCGUGCCUCGACCUCUGCUGGUGCUAUUGGAGCGAAUCCGCGACCGUGUGCUUCUCUCACCUCGUCUUCCUCCGCCGCUACACCAUCCACUCGCACGACGCUGUCCAGCUCUUCAGCAGCAAUGAUGAAGACGCCCGCUCCACACACAUUGACGAUCCGGUCCGCAUCGCUCGCUACACCCACUGCACGCGCAGCCACGUCUCGCACUUCAUCUGUCGACGCUACACCCGUCUCAGGCAUGCGUAAGAGCGCUUCUCAACCGCAAGGUCUCGACUUGGACACAGGAGAGUGCGAGACACCUACAGGCAGCGGAGUAACACCGCGAGCUCGAAUAUUAGUGCCACGUGCAAGUAUGAGCCGGCUCAGCAUCGGACCUGCCGUCGGUGCGAGUCGAACGUCGCAAUUAGUGACGCCACGAGCAGCUAUCCAACGUCCGUCUGCCCGACCGGAUUCGCUAGCUGAGCGUUCAGCAAACAACGCACUUGUGACUCCAAGUGCUGCCUCAAAGGUCGGAGGCCGACCGAAAGUGGUCAUGACUGCCAAAAGCAGACCAUCAGUGGCGGCUCGUAGUACUGGAGCCGGUGGAGGAUUCGGCUUCAAGCCUCGCACAUCGGCUGUGUACGUUGGUCCCACGCGGUCUGCUCUGCUGGAUGGCCAAGACAAGGAGAAUUGA